ACAGAGAGAAGGAGAAGAAACACUGCAAAAGUAAUAUCUCUCUCUCUUGGAUCUCUCAGUACAUAUUACAUUGAAAAUUCACAAAAUUAAUAAACAAAAAGCAAAAAAAAAAAACCUUUUCUUCUACUCAUGCUCCUUUCUUCCAUUCCCAAGUGCUGUUUAUCAUAUCUUUCACCAAAUUGUUUUUUCCUCUUGGACAUUCUGGGUAUAGCAUGGAUCGUAUCCGAGCAUUUUCAUCUCCAGAGUUAAUUACUUCAACAAGUAAAAAUGUACAGCCAGAAGAAGAUUGCGGUUUGGAAGGCCUUGCCACCAAUGUUAAGCUGUUGUUGAAACUAAUUCAAGAUCAUAAUGUUGCUAGCACAAAAGAUAAUGAUGAGCGCAGGUUUCAAAGGGUGAAUGGAAUGAUGUUUAUUGUAGAUGAUGUUAGGUCCAGGGUUCAAAAAUUUCAAUCUUCUACAAAGAGAAAAGCUGAACUUAGGCGGUGUAACACUGACCUUAGGCCUAAUGUUCCAAUUCCCAAGGACAAAAGGCUUCCUGAUGUGCCUACAGAUGAGAAAGAGAAGCUAAGGAAAGAGCUUAGUGCAAGCUUGGUGGCACGGCAGAGCCUUCAAGCAAUGUGUUCGAGUUUGGGAAAAGAAAAGCAAAUUAUGGCUUCUGAACUUGCAAGAAAGGCUCAAGAGUUGACAGAAAUGGAGGAUUUCAUCAAUGAUCUAAAAGCACGGAAUGAUACGUUGUUGAAGAAGUUGCAUGCUUCCAACUCAGAACCCAAGGAGAAGAAAAGUAAUGGAGUGGAAAUGGAAGGCAACAUAGCCCUUCAAGAGCGUAACAAGGCACUUACGGAACAACUUCAAAAGACUAUUGAUGGUUAUCGGUCUUUGAAGAGAAAACUCAAAGACAUGCAAGAGGAAAACAAGGAAAUUCGUGCUACAAUGGAGCAAAUGGAGGUGCAAGUUCAAGCAGGCAUUGACAGGAUAUGUGACUUCAAGAAAGGAAUGAUAACAACUAAUACAGAAACAAACAAAGUCAUAGAGGAAAUUUCAGCUAUGCAGCAUAUGCUUGAAUCUCUUAACAUGAAAAUCUCAAAACAUACACAGGAGAAAGCUUAAUAUGAUAAGCCAAAAGCUCAAUCUGUGAUUGGUAGAGGCAAAAUGAUGCGAAGCAUGAUUUACAUGGGAAGAACAUGGACACUGUAUCAACACAUCAUCCAUGAACAGCUUGCGCUUAUUCACUUCUUGCCUACAUCAUCUAUUUUCAUGCCUAGAAAGCAUGCUCUUAGAUCAAGAGCAGAAAGGGAAUCUUUAACCAAAAUAGUUCACUGUAAAAUCUUUUUAAUAUGAGCUUGAGGAAAAAGGGUCAAAGAGGAGCAUGGCGACGCUGCAUGUGUUUGAGCUUAGAUUUCUAGAUUUCCACUGAACCAAGAAUUGUAUAAACCAGAUUCCUGUCCUCUUUGUACGCAUGUCCUAAAUUCAAUUUUUUUCCCACUUCAAUAUGAUCUAUUUAG